GCAGCUUCACGGUAUAAACAUUAGAUUGUUAUAGAUUUGUGUUUGUUGUAUAAAUAUCUGUUUAUUUACAGCUGAUGACAAGCAGCAUAAAGCGACUAGCGUCCUGACACUGGACCCAAUAAUCUGUGCCACACUCCACCAUGUCCUCGUCCAACCCUGGAGAUCUCUCAGGAAAGAAGAAGAAGCACGUUCGCUUUGCCAGAAUGCAUGAGGAGGAAGAGGAAGAUAACCCAGAGCAGGGGGAGGAGGAAGAGGAAGACACGCUCUUUGACAAGAGGAAGGAUGUGAAGGCCGGUCUGAAGAGUGCCCUGAAGCGAGGGAGAAGGCUGGUGCAGUCUGCUGCAGGGGAGAACGUGGAGAUUAAAGGUGACGGAGACUCGUGCAGUCGCUGGAUGAUCUCCCUCACCCUCUGCGCUUCAUUUCUGGGCUUGGGAAUGUGUAUCUCUGUGUUGGGCCCAACUUUGGAAGAUUUGGCCACCAAUGUGAAUAAGGACAUCAGUAACAUCUCUUACGUCUUUGCUGGCCGGGCCUCCGGUUACAUCGCUGGCUCGCUGUUGGGGGGAAUUCUGUUUGACCUCAUCAACCCUCAUCUGCUGCUGGGUUUUGCCAUGCUGAUGACAGCAUUUGGAAUGUUUGCCACUCCAUUUUGUAAGAAAGCUUUAAUCUUAGUUGCCUUGGUGUCCAGCGUGGGUGUGUCUAUGGGAAUCCUGGACACAGGUGGGAACGUGUUAAUUCUGAACACCUGGGGCGAUCAGGCUGGUCCACACAUGCAGGCACUCCAUUUCUCCUUCGCUCUUGGAGCCUUCGUCUCUCCCAUCAUUGCCAAGCUGCUGUUUGGACACGAAUCUGGCAUCUCCGAUGGGAUCGUCUCAAAAACCCCAGCUUCUAAUGUCACUUCCUCAUCUCUGGGCUUCUUCCAGGGAAAGAGCUCCUUCCUGACAUCCAUGUGGGCUUAUGUGGUUAUCGGUGCCUUCAUCCUGUUUGUUUCAUUUCUCUUCUUCAUCCUGUACUCGCGACGCUCCACAUCUUCAGUCAAGGCAUCGUCUCCGUCAGGGAAACCUCCGUUCUUCGCCAGAUACCAUAAUGCGCUCAUUGUGCUUCUGGCGCUCUUCUUCUUCUUCUACGUUGGAGCUGAGGUGGCGUACGGCUCCUUCAUUUUCACCUACGCUAAAGAGCAUGCUGGGAUGGAGGAGCCGCAGGCUGCUGAGCUGAACUCACUUUUCUGGGGCUCCUUUGCUGCCUGCAGAGGGGCAGCCAUCUUUUUUGCGACAUGCCUCUACCCAGGCACCCUGAUUCUCCUCUGUCUCUUGGGUUCAGUCACUUCCUCUCUGGCGUUGGUGCUGUUUAAUCAGCACCACGUGUUGCUGUGGAUUUGCACGUCUAUUUAUGGCGCCUCCAUGGCUGCCACGUUUCCCACCGGCAUCUCCUGGGUGGAGCAGUACACCACUGUGAGCGGCAAAUCCGCAGCAGUUUUUGUCAUCGGCGCAGCGCUCGGGGAAAUGGUGCUUCCUGCUUUGGUUGGCUUCCUGUCAGGACGCAUCCCACACCAGCCGCUGCUCAUGUACUUGGCCCUCUGCACAGCCACCGUCACCUCCGUCCUUUUUCCUGUGAUGUAUAAACUGGCCUCGUCUGCAGGGGGCACUGUGGUCCGCAAACAGCGAAUCAAAACGCACUGUGGGCUCGAUGAUGGCGAGGAUCGCCAGGCGCUACUUGAUUCCAUCCAGGACGACGGUGAGGAGGAGGCGGGGCCUGAGGACAACGAAUCUGAAAUUGAUCAGUGGAACGACACAGACUUCGAAGUGAUCGAGAUGGACGACGCCAGUCUAACAAACUCGCCCAGUAAGUCGAGCUCCUCACUGCCUGAUAUUUCGCUCAGCACCCAGUUGACUCCACCUUCCUCUGCACUUGCCUCUAGUCCCAUGGCAGGUUCUACAAGCUCCGCCCCCAACUUCAGUGAUUCGCCAAGACGCAAAACGUUCCUUGAUCGAGAAAAGAACGACUGAAAUGCGAACAUCAGCACUGUUUAUAACAAGAAAUACGACGCUAUAAACCGGAACAAACCUGACGUGAACAUGUCUGCCGUCUGCUGGUGGCACUGAGAACUGCAGCGGCUGGUUAUUGACUGCAGGAGACUCAGCUGAUGAUGUGUAGGUUGUUAUAGAGCACAACACUGCUCCCCUGUGGCUCUGUAAUGGAACUGCAUUUUAAUCAUCUAAACCACGUGUUACAUCAUAGCCAAGCCCCUCCUACUAUAGUAGAUUAUGGCACAGUGGAGCUUCAAUGCUGCGCCGCCGCUGUGGUACUGAAACAUCUUGAUGAAUUCAUGUUGUAUAAAAUAUGAGACUCACUACAUUGCUGUCAUUUUAAAAGAGAACUCAGGAAGUUAUAGAGCAGUGUGAUGAGCUGAUUGGCUGAAAACACAAUGCUAGGUGUGAAUGUAUAUGAUUUAUAAUCUGAGCAGGACACAGAAAAGCUUUGAGUUCGGAGCAUAAACACAGAUCAUGAUUAGACUAACGAGUGUCUUUAAUGUUAAUCAGCUCUGACAUCAACAUCACUGCUGGAUUUAUUACAACAGGAAAAAAAUUAUUAAUGGAUCAAAUAUACAAGCAAGUGACAGACGGGGAAAUCAGUAUCGGAACAGCAGCACCCCCUAGUGACAGCACUUACCACUCACAUGCUCUGUGUGUGUGUGUGUGCACAUCUGUGUGUCUCUGUGUGUGUGCGCUUGUGUGUGUCCGUUUUUGUGUCUGUGUGUGUCUGAGCAUGUGUGUGUGCGUGUGUGUGUGCGUGUGUGUGUGUCUGCGCAUGUGUGUGUGUGUGUCUGCGCAUGUGUGUGUGUCUGCGCAUGUGUGCGUGUGUGUCUUUGUGUGUGCGUGUCUGUGUGUGUGUUUGCACACGUGUGUGUGUCUGUGUGUGUGUUUGCACACGUUUGUGUGUAUGUGUGUGUGUUUGCACGUGUGUGUGUGUCUGCGCACAAGUGGGUGUGUGUGUUUGUGUCUGUGUGUGCGUCUGUGUGUGUUUGUGUCUGUGUGUAUGUCUGUGUUUGUGUGGGUGUGUGUGUCUGUGUGUAUGUCUGUGUGUGUGUCUGUGUGUAUGUCUGUGUGUGUGUUUGCACACGUGUGUGUGUGUGUGUGUGUGUGUAUUUGUGUGUGUGUGUGUCUGUGUGUAUUUGCACGUGUGUGUGUUUGUGUGAGUGUGUGUUUGUGUGAGUGUGUGUUUGUGUGAGUGUGUGUUUGUGUGUCUGUGUGUAUGUCUGUGUGUGUUUGCACACGUGUGUGUGUUUGUGUGAGUGUGUGUUUGUGUGUGUGUGUGUGUUUGUGUGUCAGAUAUUGAUGUAAAUGUGAAUGGUUCUUCUGCGUGUGUUCAUCACGUGUUCAUCACGUGUCACUGCACUGUUCCUGCAGCUCGUCUCUUCCUCGUAGUCACGUGACUGAACUGACAGAAAUAAUCUCCAGGUUGUGAUCGUUAAUGUCUCAUAUUUCAGAUGUUUGUUUUUAAGAUUUUGAAUGUAAUUUAUUUUCUAAAUGAUCACUACAUGUUCUAUAAGGAUGAAGUCACUAAACUGUUUGUUAAAGAUUUUUUACUUUCAUGUUAUUGUGUUAAUUUAUUGAGAUGUUUCUGACGUGUCAGGUGACGUGUGGCUUUAAUAAACACAUCAUCUGCUUGUGAAGACCAAACAGGAUGAAACUAUUAAUCAGCUGUUGAAAUCCUGCCCUGUGAUUGGUCAGAAUCUCAGUAACACCUCAUGGCAUCAGUGACAUUACACACUCCUCUUCCUCCUCCUCCUCCUCCUCCUCCUCCUGUGUGUUUACAUCCUGUUUUCUUUUUCAAACUCCACGUCAAGCUUAACGUUGAUUAUUUUAAAAUAAAAGAUUGACUCUCGCUGUAUCUUCUGUCGAAACUAAACCAAAUAAAAUCCCACAAAUAAAUAAAACAUUUUUGUCUAAUGGGGUUUUAAUUCAAAAUAAAGAUCAAAAUAAUGAAACAACAUUAAGGGCUUAAUUAUAAUAAUUAUUAGAUUUUAAUCUGACUUCAGGUUCAUAAUAACGUUCAGGAUGUUUGUGACCAGUGUGGAGUUUUACUGAAAUUCUCACAUUUCUUCAACACGUCUCUCUCUCUGUCUCUUUGUGUCUCUCUCUCUGUCUGUCUCUCUCCCUCUCUAUCUCUCUCUCUCUGUGUCUCUCUUGUCUGUCUAUCUCUCUCUCUGUCUCCAUCUCUCUCUCUAUGUCUGUCUCUCUCCCUCUCUAUCUCUCUGUGUCUCUCUCUCUCCCCCUCUCUCUCUGUGUCUCUCUCGGUGUCUGCCUCUCUCUCUCCAUCUCUCUCGGUGUCUGCCUCUCUCUCUCCAUCUCUCUCUGUGUCUCUCUCUAUGUCUGUCUCUCUCCCUCUCUGUGUCUCCAUUUCUCUCUCUCUCUCUCUCUCUCUCUGUUCAUUCUGAGUGUGGAGGACAGUUUAAUCGUGUGUCUGUUCAGCUCAGAACAUUCAGCACAUAUCAGAUGAACUGAAGUGACUCAGCUCUCAGCCCUGGAGUGCGACAGGAGGAAACUAAUCACACCUCUGUGCUCAAUAAUGUUGUUUGAUUUUUGGGAAACUUUUGGGAUCGAAUUUAACAAUAAAUGGUAAAAAUCGAUGAGGUCAUA